AGCCUCUGUUAAGCAUCUUUUGUUUUUAUUUUUAUUCCACCCUCUCUCCUCUCUCCUCUCUCCCAAGCCCCAUCUUCUUUCCUUUCUUGUUGGACUUUUCUUUGUCUGUUUUUGUGAAUUUGGGUUUUCCUUCUCUUGCAUUUCUUCAUCUGUUCCCGUUGAAUCUUUAUUCUCAGUGAUUUUUUUUUUCUGGGCUUUUUUCUUUGAGGAUUUUUUUGUUGAUUAUUGAAUUUGAUUACUUUUCUUUUACUUUAUAUUUCCUAGUCCUAUUUGUUUGUUCCCAGUUCUUCUCUUCACUUUAAGAUUGACUAGCUGGAGUUUCCAUAACUAGGCUUGAUCAGCUGAACAACAAUAAUUCUUUCUCUUCAUUUACAUUCCUGGUCGUCUUUGGGUGGUAAAUUUGCACUAUUUUCUUGGUAUUGUAUUCUGAUUUGAGCUCUCUUUCCUGUGUUUGAUCAUUUAGAAUAUUAGAUUUCUGCGUGGUUCUCUGCUUUCCUUUUGAGUUUUUCAUGUUUCCUCUUUCCCUUCUUGGUACUUAAAAUUCCUCGGUGUUUCAACUAAUUGGGUUUUAGAUUUUUUUCCUUGUAGAGUAUUUCUUUUUUUUUUCUCAACCUUCUCCCUUUCCCUUGUUGGAAUUUUAAUCAAUUUCUCACUUUCACUUUUAGUAAUUCAUUCUCCUGUUCCUUCUGCGGUUGAGUUCUUGAUUCCAUGGGACUCUGUCAUGGAAAGCCGAUCGAAAACCCUUCAAGUCAUGCAGAAAACUCGGUGAUUCCGGGCGAUGUCGAGCACGCAGUGAAUUCUAAUGUCAGCAAACCUUUAACCCAUUCAUUCUACAGCCCCAGUCCGCUACUAAAUGUAUUCAAGAAUUCGCCAGCCAAUUCAAGUGUGAGUUCGACCCCUCUGCGUUUUUUCAAGCGACCAUUCCCACCUCCUUCCCCGGCAAAGCACAUCAAGGCCUUGCUCGCUCGCAGGCAUGGCUCCGUUAAGCCCAACGAGGCCACCAUCCCUGAAGGAAGCGAAUGUGAAGUCGGAUUGGAUAAGAAUUUUGGAUUUUCAAAGCAUUUUGUUUCAAAGUUUGAGCUUGGUGAAGAGGUGGGGCGUGGCCAUUUCGGGUAUACUUGUAUUGCAAAGGCGAGGAAAGGGGAAUUGAAGGGACAGGAGCUCGCUGUCAAGAUCAUUCCAAAAGAAAAGAUGACAACAGCAAUUGCUAUUGAAGAUGUAAGAAGAGAAGUGAAAAUACUGCGUGCUCUAACAGGACAUAAGAACUUGGUGCAGUGCUAUGACUCUUAUGAAGAUGAUGAAAAUGUGUAUAUAGUAAUGGAGUUAUGCAAAGGAGGAGAACUUUUAGAUAGGAUACUGUCAAGGGGUGGAAAAUACUCAGAAGAAGAUGCCAAGUCUGUCAUGGUCCAGAUUCUAAGUGUUGUUGCUUUCUGUCAUCUCCAAGGUGUGGUUCACCGUGAUCUAAAGCCAGAGAAUUUUCUUUUUAGUACAAAGGAGGAGGAAUCUCAACUCAAGGCAAUUGAUUUUGGAUUGUCUGAUUAUGUAAAGCCAGAUGAACGAUUAAAUGAUAUUGUAGGAAGUGCAUAUUAUGUGGCCCCUGAAGUUCUGCAUAGAGCAUAUGGCACCGAGGCUGAUAUGUGGAGUAUUGGUGUGAUUGCCUAUAUACUUCUGUGUGGAAGCCGCCCAUUUUGGGCUCGGACAGAAUCAGGAAUCUUCCGAUCUGUCUUGAAGGCAGAGCCCAGCUAUGAAGAAGCACCAUGGCCUUCUUUAUCUUCUGAGGCAAAAGAUUUUGUCAAGAGAUUGUUGAACAAGGAUUACCGUAAGAGACUUACUGCUGCUCAGGCUCUCAGUCAUCCAUGGCUUUCCAACUAUCAUGAUGUCAAAAUCCCAUUCGAUAUAUCAAUAUGUAAACAUGUAAAGGCUUAUGUAUGUUCAUCUACUCUCCGGAAAGCAGCUUUGCAGGCUCUUGCAAAGACAUUGACAGUGUCUCAUCUAGCUUAUUUCCAGGAGCAGUUCACUUUGUUAGGCCCAAAUAAAAAUGGAAUCAUUACUCUGCAGAAUUUUAAGAUGGCCUUGACAAAGAAUUCUACUGAUGCCAUGAAGGAUUCCCGGGUGGUUGAUUAUGUUAACAUGGUGAGUUCGCUUCAAAAUAGAAAAUUAGAUUUUGAGGAAUUCUGUGCUGCUGCAUCAAGUGUGUAUCAGAUGGAAGGGCUAGACAGCUGGGAGCAACAUGCACGUUCUGCUUAUGAGAACUUUGAGAAAGAUGGGAACAGACCAAUUCUCAUUGAGGAACUUGCCACGGAACUUGGCCUUAGUCCAUCAAUCCCUCUGCAUGCGGUCCUCCAAGACUGGAUAAGACAUGCAGAUGGAAAGCUCAGUUUCACAGGGUUCAUGAGACUCCUACGUGGCAUGUCUUCACGCUCAUUGCAUAAACCUUGAAUAACUGAAGACAGAAAGAGAUUCAUCGAUCUGUCACUCCAAAGUCUAAAGGAUAUUCCAUAGCUUGCCUGAUUGAGAGGAAAACUAAGCAGGCUUCUUGACCUGUGGGCUGCACAGCAAGGAAAACAUAAUAGGGUGAGUCAAUACUAGAACUGAUGCAGGUCUUAACUGGAGCAUAAGCCAUGUCUGGCUUAUUUUCUAACAAGCACUGUGUACCCUUUUUUCUCUUUUCAGUUAUACGUUUUCCUCAUGUUUUGUGAAUUGCAGUUGUAAGAGGAUUGUACAGAUGAGGAUAGAUCAAAGUUGUAGUGUAGGAGAAAGUUCAAAAUGUAGCAAGUUUUAUGUUUUGUGGGUUACUCCCUUGUGUACUCAUUCCAACUGUUUGUUAAUAAAUUCCUUAAUUUUUCUCCAAA